CCCCACUAAAAGAAGAAGAAAACAAUAGUCUUAGAGGCAGUAAAGAACGAGAUAGAGUCGAGAAAACAAAAAUUGAGAACGGGAAGAAAUUAGUGGGGAAAGGAGAAGAUAGUCAACAGGGCUUCAAUAUCUUCAAGUUCUUGAAAAUCGCGGAUAAUGAAAUCUGGGAGCAAAGAAGGGCCAGAUUGAAAGCACUGGAGUGGUUAAACAAACCACACCGCCCGGCAGAGUUCAAAUGGCAGGUGAGUCCGGGGAAGGCGACGUUGACAACUUCAUUGAAGCCCCGGGAAAGUAUUCCGCCGAAGAGAGGGGUCCCCUUGUCCGAGAUUAUAAACGUACAGGACCCUUCUGGGAAAUUGUUCCUCCACAUCGCAGCAGGCAUCAAGAAUGGCUCAUCCGCGACAUGCGGCGCACCACCAAGGCGAACUUCCAAGGGGACACCGCCCUCCACGUCGCGGCGAGAGCCGGAAAGAUCCACACAGCCAAACUUCUCCUCGACAGCGACGGGAUCGUGGGCAUGGCGAAUAACGCGGGCAACACGGCGUUGCAUGAAGCUGUGAAGAACAGUCACUACGAGUUGACUCGGAUGCUCCUGAAUCGAGGGUCGAAUUUGGUGUAUGAGGAGAACAGAGAGCGUAAGUGCCCGUUGUACUUGGCGGUCGAGAUGGGAGACUUGAGGAGUCUUGUGCUUUUGAUGGAAGCGGUGGAUGGGGAGAAAGUCUCUCUACUGGAAGGCAUGUCACCGGUCCACGGAGCUGUGAUGCACGAAAGGAUAGAAAUGCUGAAAGAGAUGUCAAAGCAAAAGAAAGAGCUAUUUUACUUGAGUGAUGUUGGGGGUGGUACUCCCCUCCAUCUUGCAGCAUACGCGAAUUACAUCGAUGGAGUUAAAUUCUUGGUCAAUGAGUUCACUUCGAGCGCUGUUGAAUAUGACAAAGAGGGCUAUCUUCCGAUCCACAUUGCGUGCAAGAUGGGUCAUCUCGAAACAAUCAAGGAAUUGAUUCAACAUUGGCCAUUUCCGGAAGAGUUGCUAAAUUUUAAGGAAGGGCAAAAUAUACUUCAUGUUGCGGCAAAGUACGGAAGGGCCUCUAUAGUGAAGUACAUACUUGGUAAUCUCGAGCUUGAGAAGCUCAUAAAUGUGAAAGACAAGGAAGGAAAUACACCUCUACAUCUAGCCACAUUGCAGUGGCAACCUGAGGUUUUAUUGUCUCUCACCAGGGACAACAGAGUGGAUCUUAAGCUUGUAAACAAUGGCAACUUGACGGCUCUCGACAUUGUAGACGAGCAACUAAAAAAAGUCGAUGCUCCACUUCAACAGAGCAUAACACGAACAAUCUUAUUGUCUGCUGGAGCCCCCAGAAGCAAAGACAAAGCAAUUUGCCAAUCAAAAGACUUAGGCCAAGAAAACGAUUUGGAGCCUCUAGAUUUGGAUAGACUAAAGGACGAGAUCAAUUCUCAUAUGGUUGUGGCAACAGUCAUUGCUGCUAUGACAUUUGCCGCUGGCUUUUCUAUUUUUGGAGCAUAUAAUGACUCUGAACCAGAUGCAGGAAUUACUACAUUAUUGAACAAACCCAUGUAUGACGUCUUUGUGAUCUGCAACACUGUCGCCAUGUUCAGCUCGAUAAUUUCAAUUGUGAUCAUUCUUUGGAGACAGAUCAAUGAUUCGCACGCUGUGCUUCAUGCCCUUGAAAAGGCAAGGCAACCGUUGCUCACUGCUCUUGCUACAAUGUCCAUGGCCUUCAUGGCAGGAGUCUACGUGACUGUAAGCAAAUGCACUUGGAUCGCCAUUUUAGCCUUAAUUAUCGGAAGCACUGCCCUCUUUGUUAUCUUGAGUCUUUACAUGGCCUUGUUUGUUCCGCUCGGGUACAAUUGCCGUCUUGUCCAGUUCUUCGCGGACUACAUCAUUAGAGCUGGUAUAUCAAUUUCCAGAAGUGUGACCGUAGAAAGGGCCACGUGGCAGCCGCACUAUCCUCUUGGAAUCCUCAAUCCUUCCGCUGGAUGUCCUGAAAUUGAUCCGAUACCAGCAACAAAUGUCAUCGACGGAAACUCAAAAUAUUGAGAUAGAAGUCUUUGUCAAAGAUAGAAAUAAUAAGCAAGGGUUUUCCUUUCAUUCUUCUUGCCCGCCGCGGCCGCACAAAGGAAAAAAGAAAAGCGUACAUAGACUCUCCUUGGACAGUCGUACCUAAAGUUUUUGCUUUGGACUAGCACCUGGCUAAUUGUACCGUGAGUUUUACAUUUGUCAAUUUGUAUAUGCUUUGAGUUUGACUUUAAUUUAAGUGUGAAAAAUACUCAAGUGUUAGAGUGAUUGUAACUCUAAUACU